UGAAUUGCACAACAUCAUCAUCUUGAGAUGCGUGCGGUAAGCCAGAGAAUUGCUGAACAUGAUAGCGGCGGAGCCAGGAACAGUGGCGCAAUGCUACGCGCAUGCUGGCUAUCUUUACGCGAAAUCAUGGCCAGUCACCCCGAGAAGUACAUCAGUAGGUGGUAUAAGGUCGCUGUCAUCGUCUGAAUAUCAACCUCGACACCAUCACGCUGCUUCAACAUCGCCAGGAGAACUAUGUCGACCGCCAAAGCAGGAGAUAGCAACCACAGGCUCCCGACGAGCGUCCGCCCUACCCACUACGAUGUCACCGUACAGACCGACCUCGAGAAGCUCACUUUCAGCGGGGUUGUGAAGAUACACCUUGACAUCAAGGAGGACACGAAAGACUUUGUUCUCAAUUCGUCUGCAUUGCAAUUAUCUCCUGCACGCGUCUGGUGCGACUCCCUGGAGACCGACCAAAUGCAGUCCAGCACGUCCUAUGACAAGACCCAGGAACGCCUCACCAUCUCAUUUCCCACCGCUCUCCCCGCCGGUUCAAAAGCGGUUCUGACGAUCCCCUUUCAUGCUUCCCUUUCUGAAAGCAUGACGGGCUAUUACCGGGCUGCUUGCGAGGUAUACGGCGUGAAGGAGCACUACGCCCUUACCCAGUUCCAGCCCAUAGCCGCCCGGCGCGUCUUCCCUUGCUGGGACGAGCCUCUCCUCAAGGCGACCUUCGCGGUUACUAUGGUCUCCCGCGACGGUACUAUCAAUUUGGCAAACAUGGACGACAUGUCAGAGACGGUUUACGAGGCCGGCCUGAGCGCGCUACCGCUAAACGCCGACCUCGCGGGCUUGCUCGAAAGCAUCUGCACGGAGGGCAGGUGGAAAAUCACCAAGUUUGCGACCACACCGCCGAUGAGCUCGUACAUCGUCGCUUGGGCCAAUGGCAACUUUCAGAAGCUCGAGUCAAAGGCCAAGCUACCUGUGAGCGGAAAGGAGAUCCCGCUACGAGUUUUUGCGACCAAGGACAAUAUUCACCAGGCUCAAUUCGCGCUCGAUGUCAAGGCGAAGCUUCUUCCGCUCUAUGGACAGGUCUUCGAUGUCGGCUACCCGCUCCCCAAGCUUGACACGCUCGUCGUAUCCGACUUCGACGGCGCUAUGGAAAACUGGGGACUCAUCAUUGGGCACACCUCACUUCUCCUCCUCGACCCUGAGCACGCUGACCUUAAGACCAAAACCUGGGUUGCGACCGUUCUGAGUCACGAAAUCGCGCACAUGUGGUUUGGUAAUAUGACGACGAUGGAGUGGUGGGACAACCUCUACUUGAACGAGGGCUUUGCUACACUCAUGGGCGAUCUCACCAUCACGGACAAGGUCUUCCCUGAGUGGAAGCUCGCGUCGCAGUUCAUCAAUCAGCACUUGUCGCGCGCGCUUUCUCUGGACGCGAAGCCUUCGUCCCAUCCGAUCGAGGUAGAGUGCCCGGAUGCCGGUCGCGUCUAUCAGAUGUUUGAUGGGCUAUCGUACUCAAAGGCUGCAUCGGUCCUUCGUAUGUUGUCCGCGCACGUCGGCGAGGAUAAAUUCCUCGAAGGUGUCUCGCUUUACCUCAAGGAUCACCUGUUCGGUAGCAGCGUCACAGAAGACCUUUGGAAAGGCAUAUCGACCUCUACCGGUCAGGACGUCGUCGCGUUCAUGACCAACUGGGUCAACAAGAUUGGCUUUCCUGUCCUUACUGUUUCAGAGGACGCGCGCGGUAUUCAGGUUCGCCAGGACAGGUUCAUUGAGAGCGGCCCAGCAGAUCCGGAGGAUAACGAGACCAUCUGGAACGUUCCCCUGGCUAUCCUUUCCCGCGACGUCGCCGGAAAGCCUACCAUCGACCGUCUGGUCCUCGGCGAGCGCGAGAAGGCCUAUGCCAUCGACACCUGCAAGCCCUUUAAGCUCAAUGCGGGCACCACCGGCGUUUACCACGUUAAAUAUACGCCCGAGCGCCUCGCCCAGAUUGGACAGGAAGCCGCGAAGGAAGACUCGCUGUUCACGCUCGACGACCGCAUCGGCCUUAUCAACGAUGCGUUUGCGACUUCGAAGGCCGGGCUGUCGACGCUGAGCAGCGCGCUGGCGUUGGUGUAUCAGUUGAGGAAUGAGAAGGAAUAUGUCGUGUGGGAGACGAUUGCAACCCAUCUGAGCUCGCUGAUCUCUAUUUGGUGGGAGCACGAGGAUGUCGUCGCCAAGCUCAAGGCGUUCUGUCGUAACCUCUUCGUUCCCAUCGUCGACAGACUCGGCUACGAAUACUCUGCCUCGGAGCAGCCAGAUGUCAUGCAGCUGCGUACCCUUGCCAUUUCCCAGUCCGCCGAUAGCGACGAGCCGAAGGUUAUCGCCGAGCUCGGGCGACGCUUCGCGCCCUUCUUGAAGGACGACGAUGACUCCCUAAUUCCCGCCGACCUCGUGCGGUCCAUCUUUGUGAACUCUGUAAAACAUGGUGGCCGCGCUGAGUACCACAAGAUGAUGGAGGUAUUCCAGAAGCCCAAGACGACGACGUAUAACGUUGCCGCUAUAAGCGCGAUGUGCUCUACCCGUGUGUUGGCUCUGCUGGAGGAGACGAGUGACUACGUACUGAAAGAAAGCCGGGACGGGGACAUGACGCGCUUCUUCCGCGAGCUGCAGGGUAAUCCCUCCGCACGCCGGAUGCUUAUUUCGCUUCUCAAGGAGAACUACGAUACGAUCUACAAGCGUUUUGAGGGCACAUUUUCGCUCGGUCGCAUCAUUCAGUGCCCUAUCGAAGCUCUGUCGACGAAGAAGGACUACGAGGAUACAAAGGCCUUUUUUGCUGACAAGGACACGUCAAAGUACGACAUGUCGCUCGCACAGGCGCUCGACAGCAUCAAGGCGCGCUACUUGUACAUAAGCCGCUCGACGGAGGACUUGAACCGAUGGCUGGAUGAGUGGCAGUCUUAGCAACAACAAAUUGAAUGUUACGGUAUACACUACUUGCCAUACCUACUGUACCAGGCAGCAAUACUGUAGAAAUAUCCAAAAUAGGUAAUUUAUGG